CUUGAGAAUAAACGUUAUCCCCAUGCCACUUUCUGCCAGCGCCAAUUGAGCUAAAGUUUGUGGCAAUGCUUCCACGCCUUUCAGGUUACCCUCAGCAUGCAGCUACCUGCGAGCGAUUAGCACGCAGUACACGGUACAAGAAAAUCCCAUAUCUAUUUCAAGUUGGCUUUACCUAGUGCUCUCGGGGCGUUGUCUUUGCGUUAUCGACGAUAAUGCAAACGAGCUACUACCCAACCCCAAAUAUCAUCUCCGCGAACGGGCAUUACCCACCUAGAAGUCCUCCUCCCAACGGAUUAUUGCGCAGGUUGACCCAUUCAACAAGAUCCUCCGUGGACAGGUACUCGCAAAUUGCAGCCUCCGGAGGAGACAUUGCACUUGCUGAAUCCUCAAAGCACACGGAUUUGUGGUUUUGCGAUGGUUCGAUCGUUUUAAGAGCAGAAGAUACCUUGUUUCGAGUGCACAAGUCUCAACUUGCUCGCCACUCGGCGUUCUUCCGCGAUCUGUUCUCAUUGCCACAGCCCAGUGCGGAUAAUACAGCGUCUUCUUAUCCGACCGUGGUUGCCAACAGCAACUUGAACCCUGCGCUACAAAUAGAUACAACCAAUGAAAUAGAAGGGUGUUCUGUUCUGCGAUUGCACGACAGGGCGGAGGAUGUCGAGAAUCUCCUCACGGCACUUUAUGAUGGCCCAAACUUCGGGAAGAAUGACCCUGCCGAUUUUUGCAUGGUCUCGGGGAUACUUCGACUUGCGACCAAGUACCUUGUUGAUUCGUUGAGAACAAAAGCCCUCGCACAUUUAAGCAAGGCUUGGCCGACUUCACUCAAGGGAUGGGACGCUAGAGAAGAUAUUUCUCGUGCCGAUGAAAUGCAGAGUGGUCCUGGAAUGUCCAACAUAUACCCUUCCCCUGCAGAUGUUAUUAUUCUCGCACGAGAAGUCAAUGCACCAAGCCUUUUGCCUUCUGCAUUCUAUGACUUAUCACGAUACCACUAUACCCAGCUUUACGAGCAGGACGACGAGAGCGGCCCUUCUAUUGCACAACUGCCGCUAUCAAAUGCAGACUUACAAAGGUUAGCUUUAGGGAAAGAGGCAUCGCAGCACGCGAUCACAACUCUCAUUCGCUCCAUGGGAUCGCAUUCUCAUCCGCUUCUGUUGGGGCAUCACACGCACACGCAUCGCUCGUGCAGAAGAGAUUUUUCGGAACUUGUGGCACUGGCCACUCAACAUUAUCUCUUUGAUCGCGAGCGUGGUUGCACUGAUCCUUUGUAUGUUGCUGAGGAGCUUGGGCAACCGUUGUAUGAUUUUGGUCAGGUUUCGGGUGCUGAUGACGCACGAUUUGGGGAAUCUCGCCGCAGUGUAGAAGUAUCCGAGUGCGAGGCGUGCGCGAGAGCGCUGGCGUUGUGGACUACAAGGGAAAGAGAAAGGAUGUGGAAGAUGAUACCGCUUUGGUUCCGACUGGACGUUUAAUGUUCUGCAUAAAUUUUCUAGAUAGUAUUGACAUGACCAUCAUUCCACGCCUAGUAUACGACCAAUUCAUUUUUGUUGUCCCACGAAG